AUGUUUGACGUUUUUGGCUCUGUUAAGAGCCUUCUGAAGCUCGACUCCGUGUGCAUUGACAACAAUGUGUUCCGCCUCCACUACAAAGCCACCGUGAUCAUCCUGGUCACGUUCUCCCUGCUCGUUACGUCGAGGCAGUACAUCGGGGACCCGAUAGACUGCAUCGUGGACGAGAUACCUCUCGCCGUCAUGGACACCUACUGCUGGAUUUACUCGACCUUCACCAUUCCCAACAGGCUCGUGGGACGAGUCGGAAAGGACGUGGUGCAACCCGGUGUAGCGUCUCACGUGGACGGUCAAGACGAGGUGAAAUACCACAAGUAUUACCAGUGGGUGUGCUUCGUGCUGUUUUUCCAAGCCAUUCUGUUCUACGUCCCGCGCUAUCUGUGGAAGACAUGGGAAGGAGGACGCAUCAAAAUGUUAGUGCUCGAUCUAAACUGCCCCGUAGUGGGAGAAGACUGCAAGAAAGACCGCAAGAAACUAUUAGUCGAUUACUUCCAUACAAACCUGAACACGCAAAACUUCUACGCGUUCCGUUUCUUUAUCUGUGAAGUGUUGAACUUCAUCAAUGUCAUCGGCCAGAUAUACUUUAUGGACUUUUUCUUGGACGGUGAAUUUUCAACUUACGGCCGCGACGUGGUCCACUUCACCGAAAUGGAGCCAGAGGAGCGUGAAGACCCGAUGGCUCGCGUCUUCCCCAAAGUGACGAAAUGUACAUUCCACAAAUACGGUCCUUCGGGAACCGUGCAGAAGUUCGACGGGUUGUGCGUCCUACCUUUGAACAUCGUCAACGAAAAGAUCUACGUGUUCCUUUGGUUCUGGUUCAUCAUUCUGUCGGUACUGAGCGGCAUAUCUCUUCUGUACCGCGCAGCUGUCGUGGCGGGUCCUCGCGUCCGCCUUUACCUGUUGCGCGCUCGCAGCCGCCUCGCGCCUCAAGAUCAAGUCGAGACCGUCGCGCGUAAAUUGCAAAUCGGCGAUUGGUUCGUGCUGUACCAACUAGGAAAGAACAUCGACCCUCUAAUUUACAAAGAGCUAAUGGGCGAUCUAGCAUUGAAGUUCGAGGGAAAGGACAAGGACACUGUGUAG